UUCUGCAGUCGCAACGGAAGUGUCCUCCUCCAUCGCCAUUUUAGACCGUAGCCAGUCGAGCCUUUGAGCUAUUUGUUCAUUGCUCAAAAGCAAUGUGAUCGGUCUCUGUAAAACUAUGCCAGCUACUUAGUGUUUUUAUGAAGAUUUUCCUUCCCGCUAUUAAUUGGUUGACAGCUUAGAUAAUAAAUAAUUAUUUACGUAGAUAUUCUUCCAGCCAUGUCGACGGACGCAACAGCCGACCAGGGAGCAGCAGAAUAUAUUCCCGAGAAGGUGAAGAAGGCAGAGAAGAAGUUGGAAGAAAACCCAUAUGACCUUGACGCAUGGAGCAUUCUGAUUCGAGAAGCACAGAAUCAACCCAUAGAUAAAGCAAGGAAGACCUAUGAGCGACUUGUCUCACAGUUCCCAAGUUCGGGCAGGUUCUGGAAACUGUUCAUUGAAGCAGAGAUCAAGGCUAAAAACUAUGACAAAGUAGAAAAGUUGUUCCAGAGGUGCCUGAUGAAGGUCUUACACAUCGACCUGUGGAAAUGCUACCUCUCGUAUGUCCGAGAGACCAAAGGGAAACUUCCCAGCUACAAAGAGAAGAUGGCCCAGGCGUAUGACUUUGCUCUCGAUAAGAUUGGCAUGGAAAUUAUGUCCUACCAGAUUUGGGUGGACUACAUUAAUUUCCUUAAAGGAGUUGAGGCCGUGGGCUCAUACGCAGAGAAUCAGCGCAUCACUGCAGUACGGAGAGUGUACCAAAGAGGCUGUGUGAACCCCAUGAUCAACAUUGAACAGCUCUGGAGAGAUUAUAGCAAAUAUGAGGAGGGGAUCAAUGUGCAUUUGGCUAAAAAGAUGAUUGAAGAUCGGAGCAGAGAUUACAUGAAUGCAAGGAGAGUGGCAAAGGAGUAUGAGACGGUGAUGAAAGGACUAGACAGGAACGCACCUUCAGUACCGCCACAGAACUCUCCUCAGGAGGCCCAGCAGGUGGAAAUGUGGAAGAAGUACAUCCAGUGGGAGAAAAGCAACCCACUACGCACAGAAGACCAGACCCUCAUCACAAAAAGAGUGAUGUUUGCCUAUGAGCAGUGCCUGCUGGUGCUGGGCCACCAUCCUGACAUCUGGUAUGAGGCAGCCCAGUACCUGGAGCAGUCCAGCAAACUGCUGGCAGAGAAAGGAGACAUGAAUAAUUCUAAACUGUUCAGCGACGAAGCAGCUAACAUCUACGAGCGUGCCAUUGGGACUCUUCUGAAAAAGAACAUGCUUCUCUAUUUUGCGUUUGCCGACUAUGAAGAAAGCCGCAUGAAGUACGAGAAAGUGCACGGCAUCUACAACAAACUGCUGGCCGUGGAGGACAUCGACCCCACGCUGGUCUACAUCCAGUACAUGAAAUUCACCAGGAGGGCAGAGGGCAUCAAAUCGGGCCGGACCAUCUUCAAGAAGGCGCGAGAGGAUCCCCGCACGCGUCACCACGUGUACGUGACUGCAGCACUGAUGGAAUACUACUGCAGCAAAGACAAAUCUGUGGCCUUUAAGAUUUUUGAGCUUGGUUUGAAGAAGUACGGUGACAUUCCAGAGUACAUACUCGCUUACAUCGAUUAUCUCUCACACCUUAACGAGGAUAACAACACACGGGUUUUGUUUGAGCGUGUUCUAACCUCAGGAAGCUUAUCACCAGAAAAGUCUGGAGAGAUCUGGGCUCGGUUCCUGGCGUUUGAGAGCAACAUAGGAGACCUGGCCAGUAUUCUCAAAGUAGAGCGCCGGCGCUUCACUGCCUUCAGAGACGAAUACGAGGGCAAAGAAACGGCCCUGCUUGUGGACCGGUACAAGUUCAUGGACCUGUAUCCCUGCUCCACCAGCGAACUCAAAGCCCUUGGCUACAAGGAUGUGUCUCGUGCCAAACUGGCAGCACUGCUUCCAGAAACCGUGGUAGCACCCUCUUUGCCUACACUAAAGGAUGAAAUCGAUCAGAAACCCAAGUACCCCAAACCAGACACCAAUCAGAUGAUCCCCUUCCAGCCACGUCACCUUGCUCCUCCAGGCCUACACCCUGUCCCUGGUGGAGUUUUCCCAGUCCCCCCAGCAGCUGUUGUUCUAAUGAAGCUGCUUCCACCACCCAUGUGCUUCACUGGCCCUUUUGUUCAAGUGGAUGAGCUGAUGGAAACUUUGAGGAGAUGCACACUUCCUGAGACUGUUGAGGCUGCUGUAGAGCUGAUCACCGGCAGACUGCCCGAUGCCAGUGGGGAAGGAAACGGAGCCAUGGAGAACCACGCUAUCGCCAAGGCACUGAAGAGGCCUAAUGCUGACUCUGACGAGGAGGACGACAAAGGAGCUGUGGCUCCGCCCAUACACGACAUCUACCGUGCACGCCAACAGAAAAGGAUUCGAUGAACUCAAACAUCAAAGUAAACCCUUCGAGAAUGUACUCGUCUUAUGGUGGUUAAAGAUCAGUUAGUCAUGUCUGCUCUACCAGUCUGCAGAUAUCCUGAUGAGUGCACACACACACACACACACACACACACAGAACCAUUCAAAGUGUGUGUGUGCACCCAAGUGUUCCUGUGACUUUUGUUUUGUCAGCAGUUUUUAUUUUUGAAGACUGAACAGUUUACUGUACAUUUUUAACUCGAUUGUGGAUUUCUGUAUCCAGCUCACCGUUGAUCUUAUGUUUCAGCCACAAAGUGCAAGAAAUUUGUUUUGUUUUAGAUAACUGGAGGAAACACAGUUUCUGUGAAUGAAAGUGGAUAAAAGCAA